UCGAUUCAUGCAACUACCAAAGAGCUAGCGAGAGAAACAACACACAUAAAACGUUCGUUUUAUUUUAUUACAUUUAAUAUGUUAAUAAUAUUUUUGUAAUUACUGCUCCAUAAGCCUUAAAACGCAGUCGGAACAUAUAUAAGUUUGCAUUUUAAAUAGAAAUUGUAAAUUAAACCAGAUUGUUCAUUCGAUUCAAGUUAGUUAUAUUUACCAGUAAUACCAAUCAAAACUGAUAAUCGAAACACAUAAAUCGAGUUUCGAUUGAUCAAUUGCGAUUUAAUUUCAUGGGGUCAUUUCGAUAAUAGAACCUAAUUUUGACGCUGACUUCAUUCUGAAAAUUUUACCAUAAAGCUUUAACCUUGAUUCAAUAGUAUUCAAACAAGAGAUAACCUUUCGAUUAACCUUUCGAUUUUCUUAACAGCGAUUAACGGAAAGCCAGUUUCUUAUAAUUAUGACAAGAAAUUGUUAAGCAGAAAUUGUUCUUAACAUAAACAUGCUCCGUAAUCUCCGAUCAAUACUUUGUGUGUGCAAUUCUUUUGUCAACUACCCACAAGCUAGAAAAAAAUUACUUGACAGAGUCUGUCCAGAAUAUAAGAUCCAGUUUUUGGACUUGAAACAACCCGGCUCUGGUGGUUCUACAUUAGUCCGCAGUGCAUUUGCUUCAAGUGAGAUUUUGGUAGCGGACGGCACCGAAGUUGCGGAGUUUGCAGGGCAGUUGAUUGGAAGUAACGUGCAAUGGAUACACAGCUCAACUUCAGGAGUGAACAAACUAAUGGAAAACGAGCACUUCAAGGAGUUUGUGAGGAUGCGAGGGGAUGACAUGCCACUGGUGACUAGAACUAGCCUGGCCCGACCUAUGGCAGCCUACUGUCUCGCUCAUAUGUUCUCUUAUUAUCAUAGACUCCCUCAAUACUCACAACUUCAAAGAGAAAAGGAGUGGAAGCAAAUCAGCGUUCGGCCGAUAGAGGAAGUUACUGUGGGCUUUCUGGGAGUGGGGGAUAUAGGCGGUGAAGUGGCUGCAGCCUGUAAACGACUGGGCAUGCGCUGCAUCGGUUACUCGGCCUCAACCACAGCGAAACAGAACUUCGCCCAAAUUUACACUGGAGAUGUUGAGUCUGUGUUGCGUCAGAGUGACUUCCUAGUGAACUCCCUGCCACACACCCCCCACACUGUUGACCUACUGUCCUCUGGCACUCUGGAAGUGGCUGCUGCGAACAGUCCAGUAUUCAUCAAUGUAGGCAGGGGGUCUGUCAUAGACGAGGAUUCAAUAUUGGAAGCCCUGGACAAGGGCUGGAUCAGACAAGCUAUUCUAGACGUAUUCGAGACCGAGCCACUGCCUCAAACCAGCAAAUUGUGGGAUCAUCCCAGUGUAACGAUAACUCCCCACAGCUCAAAUGGCUCCAUUGACGAAAUGUAUUAUGUGCCAGCUUUGGAAAAUUUUGUUCAGAAUCUUCAGUUGAUAAAAGAAGGAAAAAGUCCAGCGCUGAUUGUCGAUUACAGCAAAGGAUAUUAAAUGUGAACACAUAAUGGAACGGCAAUGGAAGUAAACCUCGAAUUGGUGCUUCUCAUUUUUUCGUAACAAAAUCGAAAAAAAAACUUUUAUAUAAAUUGCAGUUAAAAAACAAAAUUCCUAUUUUUGCGUUCAAUGUCUAUUGUUAGUUGAUCAAAAAAAAAAAC